AUGACCCUCGCCCCAAAGGAACUGUCCAACCUCCUGAGCAUCAUCUCGGAGGAGGCAUGCACCAACACCUUCGAGAGCCUGUCCACGCACUUCCACCACUACUUCGGGAAAGCGGAGCACUUCAGGGUGGGCUCGGUGCUGGUCAUGCUCCUGCAGCAGCCGGACCUGCUGCCCAGCUCCCCGCAGCGGCUCACCGCCCUCUACCUGCUCUGGGAGAUGUACCGCACCGAGCCUCUGGCCGCCAACCCGUUCGCCGCCGUGUUCGCCCACCUGCUGAACCCCGCACCGGCCGGAGAGGAGGCGGAGAAGGUCCUGUCCGGCUUCCUGCCUCCCAUCACUCAGCCUGAGAAGUUCUUCCUGUCCCAGCUCAUGUUGGCGCCACCGAGGGAUCUGUUCAAGAAGACGCCCAGACAGGUGUCCUGCAUGGACGUGGGAAACAUGCCUCAGUCUAUAGACAUCAGCGGGCUGCAGCUAGCGUUGGCAGAGCGUCAGUCGGAGCUGCCCACACAGAGUAAAGCCAGUUUCCCCAGUAUCCUGAACGACCCCGACCCGGACUCAUCCAACUCUGGGUUUGACAGCUCAGUGGCCAAUCAGAUCAUAGAGUCAUUGGUGACAGGGCCACGGCCGCCACUGGAGAGUCACUUUCGUCCAGAGUUCAUCCGACCGCCGCCGCCACUCCACGUGUGCGAGGAUGAGCUGGCGUGGUUGAACCCAACGGAGCCUGACCACAGCGUCCAGUGGGAUCGGUCCAUGUGUGUGAAGAACAGCACGGGGGUGGAAAUUAAACGCAUCAUGUCCAAGGCCUUUAAGAGCCCGCUGUCAGCCCAGCAGCAGUCACAGCUCCUGGCCGAGCUGGAGAAGGACCCGAAGCUGGUCUAUCACAUCGGUCUGUCCCCGGCGAAGCUCCCCGACCUGGUGGAGAACAACCCACUGGUAGCCAUCGAGAUGCUGCUGAAGCUGAUGCAGAGCAGCCAGAUCACAGAGUACUUCUCAGUCCUGGUCAACAUGGACAUGUCUCUGCACUCCAUGGAGGUCGUCAACAGACUGACCACAGCCGUCGACCUCCCACCAGAGUUCAUCCACCUCUACAUCUCCAACUGUAUCUCCACCUGUGAACAAAUCAAAGACAAAUACAUGCAGAACCGCCUGGUCCGUCUGGUCUGCGUCUUCCUCCAGUCUCUGAUCCGGAACAAGAUCAUCAACGUCCAGGACCUGUUCAUCGAGGUCCAGGCCUUCUGCAUCGAGUUCAGCCGCAUCCGCGAAGCAGCCGGCCUCUUCCGCCUCCUGAAGACGCUGGACACCGGAGAAAACCCCACCGAGGCCAAACCUGCCAAAUGACCCCCCCACCCCCACAGACGGUCACUAUGAAUCCACAUCACAGGAACAAACACAGAGGAACCGGACUGUGACGGAGCUCAGUGUUUGUGUCUCAGCCUCUUUUUCCAACAGGUCGGACAGAUUCAGCUUCUUUUUUUUAAACCAGUUUUUUUUUCUUUUCUUUUUCCAGAUGAAAUGUUUUGAGUUUUGUUUCAUUAAAGAGAGUUUAAUGAAUGAA